AUGAUUCAAAUCGGAUAAAAGACAAUUUAAAUAUGGUUGGUUAGGCAUGGAUAAACUGAAGGAAACAAACUAUAGAUUUUGUAAGGAUAGGAUGAUGGACAACUAUCUGCCCUAGGAAUAAAGUAGGCGGAAGCCUUGGGAAAAAGAAUUAAAAAGGAAAUAUUCGAUGUGGUUUAUGUAAGUGAUUUAGCAAGAACAAAAUAAACAUUUGAAUUGAUUCAAAAGCACCACAGCAAAUAAAUGAUGCCAAAUUUUGAACCUCUUCUGAGAGAAAAACAUGCAGGACAAAGUUUAACAUUGCCUAAAAAAUUAGCAGCUGAAUAAGGAGUUGAUAUUAGAGUAUUUAAACCUGACUAAGGAGAAUCUUGGGUCGAUGUAAACAAUAGAGCCUAAUAAAUGCUUUAAUUAAUUAUCUAAAGAUGCAGUGAUUUGAAGCAGAAUAACAUCACUGUGCUUCUAGUUACUCAUGGAGGAUUUAUUAUGGAAUUUAUGAAUUAGAUUAAUUAUAUGAUCAAUAAAAAACAGCCUGUUUAUAAUAAUAGUGCUUUAAAUUGCUCAAUUACUAUUGUAAAAUACAUUUUACCAAAAGGAGAAGUCAAAAUAGUGACUUAGAAUGAUGCUUCACAUAUUCAAAAGCUAUGA